AUGGUGGUGACCACGGGUGAUGGUGGUGACGUGGCGAUGGGGCCCUCUGCCAAAUUUGAUUCCUCUGGAAUUCCAGGAAUUCCCUGGAUUCCGCCGGAUUCCAGCAGGAAUCAGUGGAGGACAAUAAAGACCUCCAAAACGGUACCCCACUUUGGCUUGAAGGGCGGGGGGGGGGAACACUUCCAUGGGUGCAUGUCGUGCUCCUCCCCGGCUGGAAUCUACCGCUGUGAGGAUUGUCUGGGACCAUUAGCAGAGUGCUUGAACUGCACGCUCAAGCGCCAUCGUCAGUUACCUCUCCACAUCAUCAAUAAAUGGGAUGGCGCAGGUUUCGACAAAGAUAAGCAAUCGGCAGCAGCUCCUCUGAAGCGAGUGGUUCCCUGCAACCAUUCACCAACCUCAGACUUGUGCAACUUUUCAUCUACUCAAAACAUUCCACGUCAUCACUUUGGCAGGCAGUUAUCCGCUCACGAAUACUACAAGGCCAUGGAGUACCUGACUGACAAUACGGAGUUGAACGUUCCAAAGGAUGAGGCAACAUUCAAGGAGGUCUUGUCGCCACUGGGGCCAGAGACCUUGCCCCUGACUGUCCAGCAUGUCCAGUCCCAGGUGUCAACCUGCCGGCCAACUUGA